AUGGGCCGUCCAAUCAGAGCAGAGGUCUGUGUUAUCAUUAUGGGCCGUCCAAUCAGAGCAGAGAGUUGUGUUGUAGGAAACUGUGUCGUGAUCAAACCGUCUGAAGUGACUCCGUCUGUGGCUGAGGUCAUCGCUGAACUCAUCCCUAAAUAUCUGUCACAGGUCGUAGCCCGCAGCGUUCUUGUGGCUGCCGCGCAGCACCUGACGCCGGUGACGCUGGAGCUCGGGGGAAAGACGCCGUGUUUCAUCCAUGAGCGCGUGGACAUGAUGGCGGCCGCUCGGAGACUGAUCUGGGCCAAGUUCUUUAACGCGGGUCAGAGCUGCGUGGCGCCGGACUACGUGCUGUGCUCGGCCGAGACUCGUGACGCGCUGCUCCCGGCGCUGGCCCAGAGUCUGAGCCACUUCUACGGCGAGAAGCCUCAGGGCAGCCCUGACCUCGGGCGCAUCGUGUCCGGGCGCCACUGGACCCGCCUCAACGCCAUGCUGCAGAGGAGCCGGGGCCGCGUGGUGCUGGGCGGGCAGGUCUGCGAGGAGGACCGCUACAUCGCUCCCACCGUGCUGGUGGACGUAGAGGAGGACGACGCCCUGAUGCAGGAGGAGAUCUUUGGGCCUCUGCUCCCGUUUCUCACCGUGAGCUCCGUGGACGAAGCCAUCGACUUCAUGAACCGACGAGACCAAACCCUUGGCUCUGUGGUGAACACAGUCCUGGAGAGGACCAGCAGUGGAGGCUUCUGUUCAAACGAUGGUAUCGUGUACAUGACGGUCCCUGGUCUGCCGUUCGGGGGCGUGGGGGCCAGUGGCUUCGGGAACUACCACGGGCGCUGGGGCUUCGAGACGUUCAGCCACCAGAGGGCGGUGUUGCUGCGCACGUGGCCCAUGGAGAUGAUCAACGGCCUCAGAUAUCCUCCGUACACAGAGAAGAACCUGACCUGGCUCCGCUGGGCCGCCAUGCCCAAGAACUGCACCAUCAUGUGA